CUGGGCGGCAUGACCUGUGGACUUCCGCCCGCCUCGGUCCUCUUCGGCCCACUGGCCCGCGGCGGAGCCCGGCGGCUUCUCUGCGGCCCGCGGCGCGCCGCAACAUGGCGGGCUGCCACCGCCUCCUGCUGGAGAACGCGCAGCAAGUGGUGCUGGUGUGCGCCCGCGGCGAGCGCUACCUGGUGCGGGACGCGCUGCGCAGCCUGGCGGUGCUGGAGGGCGCCAGCCUCGUGGUGGGCACAGAUGGAUUUAUAAAAGCCAUUGGUCCAGCAGAUGCUAUCCAAAGACAGUUUUCCGGAGAAAAUUUUGAAGAAAGAAUAGACUGUUCUGGGAAAUGUAUCUUACCAGGUUUGGUGGAUGCACACACACAUCCAGUGUGGGCUGGGGAGAGAGUUCACGAGUUUGCAAUGAAGUUGGCAGGAGCCACUUACAUGGACAUUCACCAGGCUGGAGGAGGGAUCAACUUCACUGUGGAGUGCACUCGCCAAGCCUCGGAAGAGGAGCUGUUCAUGUCCUUCCGGCAGCGGCUUCUGUCCAUGAUGAGGGCUGGGACCACGCUGGUGGAGUGCAAGAGCGGAUACGGCCUCAACCUGGAGACGGAACUCAAGAUGCUCCGCGUGAUCGAGCGCGCCCAGCGGGAGCUGGACAUCGGCAUUUCGGCCACUUACUGCGGGGCUCACUCAGUGCCCAAAGGAAAAACUGCUACUGAAGCUGCUGAUGACAUUGUCAAAAACCACCUCCCUAAGCUGAAGGAACUUGGCAGAAAUGGAAAAAUACACGUUGACAAUAUAGAUGUGUUUUGUGAGAAGGGCGUUUUUGAUCUUCACUCUACCCGAAGGAUCCUUCAAAGUGGAAAAGAUAUAGGGUUACAGAUUAACUUCCAUGGGGAUGAGCUCCAUCCCAUGAAGGCUGCUGAGCUUGGGGCUGAACUGGGAGCCCAGGCAAUUAGCCACCUGGAAGAAGUAAGUGAUGAAGGCAUCGCUGCCAUGGCAACGGCCAGGUGUUCUGCUAUCCUUCUGCCCACCACUGCCUACAUGCUGAGGCUGAAGCAGCCUCGAGCCAGGAAGAUGUUAGAUGAAGGCGUAAUAGUUGCUCUGGGCAGUGAUUUCAACCCUAACGCAUAUUGCUUUUCAAUGCCGAUAGUCAUGCAUUUGGCCUGUGUGAACAUGAAAAUGUCCAUGCCCGAGGCUUUGGCCGCUGCCACCAUCAAUGCAGCUUACGCACUGGGAAAAUCUCAUGCACAUGGAUCUUUGGAAGUUGGCAAACAGGGAGAUCUCAUUAUCAUCAAUUCAUCCAGAUGGGAACAUUUGAUUUACCAGUUUGGAGGCCAUCAUGAACUAAUUGAAUAUGUUAUAGCUAAAGGAAAAGUCAUCUAUAAAAAAUGACAAAUUUGGAAGAAGAGAGGAGCUUCUAGACUAUAAUACAAAUUUCAAUAUAAUUAUGUUAAAAGUUAAAACACCUUAGUUUACCAGAAUUAUCUCACAAUUAAAUGUAUUUACAUGUUUUAUUAAUCCAGUAAAAAAAUCCCAAGGUAUUAAUUUAUAAUUGAUGUGCACCUGAACAUGUAAACAGUAAGACGACUAUGCAAAUAAACUCAAAAUAUUAAAUUAUUUCACAAAAAUUUGUUACAAAUAUUCUGAAGAUUAGUAUGAUGGGUUAUCAUAAAAAUGCCCUUGUUGGGUAAAGUAGACUGGCUUUUCAUUUUGUUUCUGUUUUUCAUAUUUUGGUGUUUGGACUAUAUUUAGUGAACAUUGGGGGAUGGAGGGAAACUCAAAAUGAUAUGUCCAAAAUAAGCUCAACAAAGGAUCCUAGGCCUUCUAUAAUAGGCAAAGAGAUUUCCUUCCCUUCCCCCUCUCCCACACAGUCUUUCUAGAUGCCCUUGGAAUGAAGAUGUCCUUCCAUUUAUAACUUCUCAACCCUAGCAAUAAAGCUUCACCAUGCAGUUCAAGACUUGUCAUGUUAUACAUGAAUCUAAGGACUUGCCUGUAAUGGAUGCAUUUUGACCAAAUCCCAGUAAUGUGAUUUCUUUGAAGUUGUUUUCAAGUUUUUGAUUCUUGAGAUUACCAAUGUAUAAAAAACAUUUCACAGCUCUCAAUAAAUAUUUGCUGUCACUGUU